UUGGGAAGUCAAGCGACAUUCCUGAUCGCAAGUGGUUAUUGUGGUUGUGGUCAGGAUACCCUGGUCAUCAUAUUCCUAACUCUUGGUGUUGGAUUAUCGGGUAUACAAUAUGCCGGAUUCGUGGUCAAUUAUUUGGAUAUUGCGCCAACAUUUGCCGGACCCAUUCUUGGCAUCGGUAAUACCAUAUCGUGCAUCGCCGGCAUCCUAUGUCCGUUGAUGGUUGGAAAACUCACACCCACGGGUUCACAACACGAAUGGCAACUGGUAUUCUGGAUAACCGGUGGAAUUUUAGCAGCGGGUACCAUUAUUUUCUGUGUAUUUGCGCGAGGUGAAGUGCAACCGUGGGCUCUGGCCGAUCCAACAAAGGAAGAAGAGCGUGAAUUGAAGCAGCCACAGUUGACCAACAGCAACUCGGGUAGUCCGUAG